AUGUCCUCGACGAACAACAGCGAGGGAGCUGCCAGUGUGGACGAGACACGGCGCGUGGACCAGCUUCCGUCCACUGCUACUGGGCAGACAUUGGCAGCGGAAGCCGCACGGGCCAGGCAUCCAUGGGUGGAUCCACAGAUCCAUCUGGCCAAAGCAAAACCAGGGUGCUUUGCCCGGCUUGCCUGGGUGUUCGCCCAGUCAGCAGCGCCGGCGGCAGUCACCCAAUCAAGGCAGGCUCAGGCAGUCGACGCAGGCAAGGCAAGCAAGGCAGGAAAAGGGUUCAACGCUCUUUCCAACUUUCCAAGGGUUCACCCCGCCAGGCCGUGCCUUCCGAUCCCGUCUGGCCUCGUCGGCCAAUGCGAUCGCUGCAUCCGCCUUGGCUGUUCCUGCCUUGGAAUGACGUAG